AUGGCGCUGAACGUGGCGUACGAGCACCAGUCCAAGCGCGUGAAGGUCGCGCCCGGGACAAUGAUGUUUCAAGUGUUGACAGAUGCGCGGACGCAGUUUGGUCUGAGCGAUGCGACUCCUUUGCAGCUCCUGCACCGCGGAAAAGCCAUUGACCUGUCCAUUCCGUUCCGUCUGACGGGCAUCUCGAACAACGCGCUGCUGGAGCUCGUGGAGACUGCGACGGCGGGGGCCGAAGCGCAACACGUUCGGGUGUGUGUCCAACUGCUCGACGGCAGGCGCGUCCACGCGUCGUUCGAGACGGACUCGACGCUGGAGCACAUUUUGGCGCACUUGAAGGUGCUCCCGACAUUGACGACACAGCGCUUUUCGCUGGAGUUCCUGCGGCGAGACAUUGGCUAUCAGGUGUUUUCGACAACGACGUUGAAAGAGCUCGGUAUUUUCAGCGGCUCGGCCAUGUUUCGUGUUCAGGUCGCAAAGGAGGCACCGGAGUCAGUUGCGCCAAGCGCUCAAUCGUCAGCUGUGCCUCCGCAAAAGCCUCAUGUUUCGCCUGCGUCUACCGCUUCAAUGUCGCCAGCUACUUCAACUCCCAUGUGUGUAAUGUCGGACCCUCUUCAGACAUUGCAGUCACAUGACCAUGGAAUGAAUGGCACAGUCGCCGAAGAAAAAGCUGUCGGUGAUAGUCGUACAAAUGUGAGCAGUUACGACGCCUUGCAAAUGCUGCGGAACAAUAGUUUCGAUGCCGUGUCACGCAGCGCUGUGACGACGUUGAUGGCGAUUGUCACGAACAUCUUGUCGGACCCAGGUAGGUAUGCUUUACGUUCACUUGACUUGUUUGGUUCGUUUGUUAAGUGUAUGCUUAUACUGUCGAUGCAGAGAACGACAAAGGUGCGCUCGAUGCGACUAUCGAAUGCAACCUUCCAUCGCUCGGUUGGCCAAGUGAAGGGUGGCAUCGAGUUUCUGAUAUCCAUUGGGUUCAAAGUUGUGCCAGAAACACAAAUGCUCGUCUUGAGUGCUGAUGCACUCGACGAAGGCUUGAUGAAAGAGGGCUUGCGGCUGCUUAGCAUUGAAGCUGACGAUCUACAUAUUCCACUGGAGGCGCGUCCAGCUAUUCGUGAAAAGAAAGCAGACCUGAGCUUUGACGUGUUUAAGCCGCAAAUUACCCGUGUGCAGAUGCAACCCCGAGGCCCGAGCACGACGGAGGUCCUCGUGGACGCUUUGAAGUCCAAGCAAGAGCAAUUGGUAGGACACGAGAAACCUCCUCGAAGCACGACUAUUGCAUUCGACGGGAAGCGAUCAAGUGGUCGGAUGGACUCGGUAGUCGAAGACAGCGAGCGAAGUGACGCACAACUACUAAUCUCGAGUCUUAAAGCUCGACGAGAAAAGAUGGAAAAGACCAAGAACUUCCGCACGCAGGCGAUGCGUGAUCUGGACGAGCUCAAGCGCAAAAGAGUCUUUCAGACGACGUUGAUUCGAGUGCAGUUUCCGGACCGAGCCGUCAUGCAAGCGACCUUCCACCCCAGUGAAACGAUCCAAGAUGUGAUGGACCAUGUCGUAGAAUGUCUGGAUGGUCAGUUUCAGGCCAGCAAGUUCUAUCUGUACGUGACGCCCCCGACGCAGAAGCUGGUGGCUUCCAAGACCUUGCUCGAGUUGAACCUCGUGCCUGCUGCAUUGACAUAUCUCUCAUGGAUCGGAGCGUCACCUACAUCCGAGGUGCCCAGCGCUGGUUUCUACUUCCGCAGUGACCUGUUGGCAGAAGGGCAUGACGAGUCGAGAGACAGUGUGAGUCCUUUGCAGCAAGCGGUGUAUCCCAAGCCGGUCCAUCUCGAUGACGCGCGCACAACGCAGGCAUGUGACGAGCCAAUGAGGCAGACACCGUCGCGCGCUCAAGCAAAAUCUACAAAGAAGCCGUCGUGGUUCAAGUCUUAG